CGAAAUUAUCACCUGUGCGGAGUAGAAGCAGGACCCCCAAAGGGAAAUCAGUGAGGGCAGCAGGAUUUGUUUUACAUUUUUCCGGCACAUUCUCCCUGUUGUCUGUGUUUGGAUUUGACAGUUGUUGUUUUUUUUUACGAGAAGCACGUCUGGAAAGAGAAAACGUUGAACACAAAAAUGGAAAUAGAGAGGGAGCUAAAGAAGGUGACGCUUGGCCAUGAGUUUGGUGCUGGAGCUGCCUGUUUGAAAUGCAAGGACAAGUGUGAGGGCUUUGAGCUGCAUUUCUGGAGAAAGAUAUGCCGAAACUGCAAAUGUGGCCUCACAGAGCAUGAUGUGGCGAUGAACUCGGAGGAGAACAAGAAGGUAGGCAAGCUGUUUGAGGACACCAAGUACACCGGCCUCAUCGCCAAGCUGAAGACGGAUGGGAUCCCCAGCUACCAGGGCAACAUGGUGACCAUCACUUUGCCUAGCCCUGCCACUGCUUACACGGUACCACCCAGUGCGACCUCUACUGUUGUGCCCCCUUCUGCCAGAGCCGGCUCUGUGUCGUCGUCUGCCACAGCUGGUCCUGUAUCCCCGUCUGCCACAGCUGGUCCUGUGUCCCUGUCUGCCACAGCUGGUUCUGUGUCCCCGUCUGCCACAGCUGGUUCUGUACCCUCAGCUGGAGCCUCUGCAGGUUCGACAGGCAUUGGGGUUCAGGGUCAGGCUCGGGUUCAGUCUGUACCAGCCAGUGCCACACCAGUCAGGGCUAGCAAAGUGCCAGUCACUGUCAGUGCCACAUCAGCCAACGUAGUGCCAGUUCCUAAAGAUGUACCAAUGAAGACUGUCACCUAUGAGUGGGCACCACCAGUGGCUAACAAGUACCUGGCUGUGCGUUAUAUUGAGUUGCUCCCACCAGAGAAACGCCCAGUGGUUGGUACAGAGGGAGCUGCUUACCGUCGGCAGCAGAUGGCCCGACAGCUACCUGAACACGACCAGGACCCGUCCAGGUGUCAUGAGCUGAGCCCUGCUGAAGUCAAGCUGAUGCAGCAAUACGUUCGCAAGUACAAGGAUGAAGCCCUGGGGGUUGGAGAUGUCAUGCUGCCUGAAGAGAUGGCUCUGGUUCAGGCAGGAGGGCUGGGUGGAUCUGGUGUUGGGGCUGGAGGGGCACCUACUGGUGGUGGUUUUGGACCUGCAGCUGGUGGAGUUGGAGCUGGUGGUGCUGGUGGAGUUGGAGCUGGUGGUGGUUUUGGACCUGCAGCUGGUGGAGUUGGAGCUGGUGGUGGUUUUGGACCUGCAGCUGGUGGAGCUGGAGCUGGUGGUGGACCACUUUCAGGGCCUGGCGUUGGACCAUCUGCAGGCUUUGGGCCAGCUGGAGGAGCCAUGGGUACUACUGCCACCGCUGGAGCCAUGAGUGUCCCUGGAGCUCAGCAAGCUGGACUACCACAACAGAACUUUUCAUGCCAUCAGUGCCAGCAGCCCAUGCGUAAGGGUGAGCCAGCUGUCUAUGCUGAGCGGGCCGGUUAUGACAAGAUGUGGCACCCAGCAUGCUUCGUCUGCUGUACCUGUAACGAACUGCUGGUGGACAUGAUCUACUUCUGGAAGAAAGGCAAGAUGUACUGUGGACGGCACUAUGGAGACAGCGAGAAGCCACGAUGUGGAGGCUGUGAUGAGCUGAUCUUCAGUAACGAGUACACUCAGGCUGAGGGCCAGAACUGGCAUCUGAAGCAUUUCUGCUGUUUUGAAUGUGACUGCAUUCUGGCUGGAGAGACGUAUGUUAUGGAGAAUGACAAGCCUGUCUGCAAGCCCUGCUACAUGAAGAACUAUGCUGUGAAAUGCUCAUCCUGCCAGAAUGCAGUGGAGCCUGAGGCCCAGAGGGUUUCCUAUGGUGAUUAUCACUGGCAUGCCGAGCCACAGUGCUUCAAGUGCUCCGGCUGCUCCAAAUGCCUGAUUGGCCAGCGCUUCAUGGCAGUGAAGAACUUCCUGUUCUGCUCUGUGGAGUGCAAGAAGAAAAUCAUGGCUUAAAGGGCCAAGACAAGUCCUUCAUCUUCUUCAUGAUCACUUGCGAAACCAGGAAUCGUACAGAGAGAACACUGGUACAGCUACAACAGUCUGUUAUGGUUCUUUUAACAGAAAUAGUGCCUGAUCUCUGUAGUAUGGAGAUCUACUCUAACAGUGAAACCGUUUGAAUUCAGGUACUUAUUGUAAGUCCAGAAAGAUCGCAGCACUGAUAUAUCUUGUAGUCUCAGAUAGUUUUAAAAAAAGGAGUUUCCACUUUUUUCCAGCCUUAAAUUUCUUGUUUGCUUUUCUUGCACUGUUAUUAUUUACAGAUGAGAUUUUUUUCUUGUUAAACUUGUGACCACUAACCUAUUGCUGGGUUUUUGUUUCUUUUGUUGUUGUUGUUUGCCACCUUUUUACUACUUUAUAUAAAAACUACUGACAUUCCCUUUCCAUGCAGCAAUGUUACUGUCAGUGUUAGCCAGAUUUGAGGCUGGUUGAAAGUAAACAAUCAAUGUAAUAUCAAACUUGCAGUCUGUAGCUAAAUUAGAAGUUUUGAUGAAUUAAAUUUGUGCUUUCAAUGAGACAUUAAAAGUAAAUUCCUCCAUCUUUGUCUACAAA